UGUGCAGCAGUAACAACAAUUCUCCGUGGGAAAUACAAUGUCUUCAACUUGACGGUUAUUUAUGAAUGGUGUAUGUAUGAGUAAGAGUAUUUAGAAAAGAAAACAUGUUGUUCACCUGGACUUUACAGAUACAUACGUUGAUUUUAAUAUAAGUGACCCUAAAACCACCAACAAAAGGCAAUACACUCACCUGACACAUCUGAUCAAUGGCAGGCACAAAGGCGGGGAAAGUCCCAGAAAUUAUUGGAAGUCGUAACCGUGGUUCUCCGGUUCAGCAGUAACAACAAUUAUCCGUGCGAAAUACAGUGUAUUCUACCUGACCGCUACUUAUGAACUGAUGGAUGAAUGAGUAGGAGGAGUUUUUAGAAAAGAAGACGUUUUGUUCACCUGGACUAAACAGAUACAUACGUUAAAGGAUAUUGAUAUAAGUGACUGUAAUAUCACCAACAAAAGGUUUAAGUUUUCAGAUAUUUAGGUGGAUUAAUGGAUACUGGUUAUCCUGAAGACUUCCAAGGAUAAUUACGAACGUCUAAUGAAGGAAAAAAUAAUGGUUUUUAAGGAAAAUAUUCCUCGGACGACCGGCAUAUAUUAGAAGACAUCUACAAAUGCAUUUUCACGGUUGGACAAACAAUGCUUUGUUAAUGAGGAACGGACCUUGGAUAACCGUGUGUCUCCUUACUUCUGAAAGUGCUCGAGAGAGCCAGCUAUAUGCUCCUACUGACGGUGUUGGGGCGCCUCAUGUUCAAGCGACAGGCAGUUGCCACCGCGGUCACAGGGAGAUGGCGUAAAAGGCGCUCCAGCGCCGUGAGGACGCUGGUGGCGGAGACCUUGGUACUUGCUAAGACCCAUGGAUACGUUGAGAAGAUCGAGGACGAGCUAGAAAGGGAAUUACAACGAGACUUCAGUGACCCGCCUCAGGAAAAAAUCAAACGAUGGCGCCGCAAGGGGGACAUGGUCUUCAAGAGCAAACACAUGUUGUUGACUGUGGUCUUGCUGUGUAUAGUGGACUGUGCCCUUGUGCUCGGAGAACUUGCUCUUGACCUGUAUAAGGUUAAAGCUUCUCUGGAAGAUUCUGACAAACUGACGACGGUGACUGAGCGAUUCCUAUCCGAUAUAGUGGUCUAUCAUCCAAUUCUCACAAACAGAAAACCACAGGAGAUUUAUACCAUGAUCUUAGACUCCCGCAUCUCCUGGCCCAUUCUCACGGAAAACAGUAGCGGCCUCAAUCAAAGCUACACACACAUAGCUCUCUGCAAGAAUGUGAAUUCGUCAUUCGCUUUGUCUACUUAUUGGGUUCAAGACGCGACACUUCAGGAAAAUGGCUCUUCGCUUGUUCCGGAUACCGGAGAUUCCUUUGCUCACAUAAAGUCCAAUGUAGAAAUUAUUGGGAAAAUUGCUCACAUAUUUCAUUACUGCAGUAUCGCAAUUCUGUCGCUGAUUAUGAUAGAGACUAUUCUGAAGGCAAUCUGUGCGGGCAGAUCGUUCUUUCACAGGAAGAUCGAGGUGUUCGACGCAUUUGUGGUUGUGGUGUCGUUUAUAAUGGACUUUUCUUUCCUGGUGUUCCUGUCUGACAUUGACACCAAGGACUUCGUCUUCAUCCUCGCCAUUCUUCUUCCCUGGAGAGUUAUCAGGGUUGUCAACAGUCUCAUAGUAUCUGUAAAAGACCACGAACACUUUCGACUGAAGCUUGUAUAUAAACGGAAGAAGAAGAUACAAGGAAAUCUCAGGGAUACAGAAUCAUUGCUCCAAAAAUACAUGACGCAAGUCACCGCUUUGCAACGAUUGUGUAUAAUGGAAGGAAUAGAGGAAUGGAAAAUUGACAAGUAUUUGAAAAAUGAGGAGCUUUCCAAACCACCUACACCGAGCAAAAGAAAAUUCAAGUUCAAAUUUGAAGACUCAAUCUUUCAUAUGCAAGGUUUCAACAGAGCCCCGCGAUGUUCAUUACCUGCUCUGGACUUUCAUGGAAUAAAACUUCCCUCAAAGUCAAGAAUUUCGCUUCCAUCUGUUGCUAAUUCUAUCAAACACCACAUAUCAAAGAACCUUCCGAGCCGGCGAGCGUCUCUUGCUGCAAUAGAACUUCAUGCUUCUUCUAAACACGCAAAUGGUGAUGUCAGACGCCGGAAACUUAAAUCGGAAGACCUUGGAACUAUGCACGAAGAAGAGUCUGAAUAUGAUGAAUCACCGAGUUUGUCAAGGGCAACGUCGACUUCCGGUGAAGUGUUUGGUCGCGUUUCUGUUUCUAGCUCUGUUGACAGUGAUCGGACGUUGGCAGAGGGCAGUAGACAUAACUCAAUAAAUGCUGACGACGAACGGGCAAAUAUUGCAAAAAUACAAGCGGAUGCAAAACGGAGACACUCUGAAUCGAAUUUGGAUAAAAAUAAAGUUUCGUUUAAUUAUAAAGAUUUGAGAACUAUAAUUAGUUUUAAAACCCCUUGUGGUAAAACAUUAACUAAACCUCAGAGGCCUUCAUCUUCAAAACUCCCAGAUGAAAAAGACAUUGACACUGACCAAAUAUCUAUGGAUGAUACUUCGAUAUCAUUCAUUGACGAAGAUACCAACUCUUCUGGCAAGCGAAAAUUAAGUAUUCGGCAUUCGAAAUCGAGUGAUGCCGUUCUUGAUAUAAAUAAGCAGGUCAAACGGGUUGGCAUAAAACGCCACGAAAGUGACGGGGACAGUGAUUUCCAGUGUAAUGGUAGCGCUCAAGUGUAUGGCGGUGACGAUGAUGAUGAUGAUGAUGAUGAUGAUGAUGGCGAUGGCGAUGGUGUCAUUAAGUGUGAUAGUGUUGAUGACUGUGAUCAAACACAAUAAUUAUCUACGAGUAGUAUUUCCUUAUAAAUAUGCAGCAUAAUGUAUUGUUUAUAUGACAGAUUUGUUAUGUGUUUAUGAUUGUUGUAAGUUAGUUGUUGUUCAUCGUUAUGUCCAUUUUGAUACUUUCCAGCUAAUACGUCUUUGGUUGUUUAAAUAACGUUUAUGAAACCGACUUUGAAAACUAAACAUAUUACAAAGUGUAUAAGUAAUUUCAAUUUUAUAAUCAACAUAUAAUAUUACAUUGCUUUGCAAUAGCACACAUAACUGAAGUUGAUGAUUAAAAAGGGGUUGAACACAUCGUAUAUUGCAUAUCAGCGACAUUUUUAGAAAAGAAUCAUGAGCAGAAUAACAACCUCGUGUCAAGGUUAUAGACAUUAAUUUUAUCCAGUAAAACAUAUCGUAAAAUUAAGAACUUACAUGUAUUUGUGCCAAGUCAUUUUCGUCAUUCUUUUUCUUUGAUGUCAAAUUAAAGUAGCUUUUCAUGUUUUAAUGAGGCUCAUCAACUUUUAUGACAAGUUAUAGUAGCUUCCCAUGUUAAAAUAAAGUAAUUAAUUGAAAUGUACACUGAAAAAGAACAAAAAGCAACAAUUUUCGAAAUUUUCGGCAGAAUAUUUCGUCCAAUGAGGCUGCAGUUUUUUUCAUAAAUUCCAUUCAUCUUUUCAGUUAAAUAAAAACAAUUUAAACGAUAUCUUGUGAUUCCUGGCGGCGUUACUUUGUUUGAUUGACAGCUCUUUUACUAAAAUAAAAGGAGAAACGCUCCUCGUCACUUCGCGAAAACAAAGCAAUGUUCAAAACAUCAAGUGAACCAUUGCGCUUCAGAAAAAAAAAUAUUGUAGGAAAAAAUGAGAUUAUGGAUAUAAAGCCGAAUGUAUGUUAGUACAUAAAUACGCUUUUUAUACUUUACCCACACGGCAUAACGAAACGAAAGGCUUGAUCGUCUAAAACCUUCCCACCAAAACAUCCCAUGAUGCAUUGCAUAUUCAUUGAUAUGUUGAAGGCGGUUACAAUAUUGUCAGUAGAAAAAAUAAAAAUAUUAUUCCGUGUCUAAGCACGUCAAAAGUCAAGAGUAUGCAUUCAAUUUGUAUAAAUGAAAUAUUUCAGUCGAUGUACAGCGCCGUUCAAGCGCUUUACAUAAGAUCUGUUAAUGUCUAUUCUCUUCCGAAUUAUAUAAAACGUGGUAGCAAAAAUACAUUAUAAAUCAAAUCACUGAAUGUUUAUAUUUGAAAUAUUAUUAAAGAAGUCAACCAUUUAUUAAUAUAUUUAUUUUAAGCAUGUGGUUUAUUGAUUCCGUGUAAAUAAUUCUUCGUUGCAUAAUGUAUGUAUAAAAAUGACAUAUUUAAAUAUGCAUGAUCUCACAAGAUAAUUGUGAACAGUUGUUGUGCUUUUUAGAAUUAUCCUUUUAAUUAUGUUGUUUUUGUUUUUAUUACAUCGUUAUUUUGGAUGUUAGAUUUGUGUCUCAAGUUAAUGCAAUACAUGCAAUAAUUGUUUCAAAGAUUAAAUUUGUUUGUUUUAAUGGAGGUCUUUAACUGUUCUUAUUCCAUACAAAUGCUUUAUUUUCGUUUCCCUUCUACGGCUAUAACAUGCCACAACAUUGACUUCAGAUUUUACAGGAUUAAUAAAUCAUGAUACCGUGA